AAAACCCAAAACGAAAAACCAAAUGCAACGCUGCUACUGCGGUGGGAACUUUGGUGCUGGCAGUGCGAUGAGAUCAGCGUUGGUGCAACCUCCACAGCAGCCGCAGCGUCCACGUGGCGAUCUCAUGUCGGUGACGUCUUCAUCCAGACAAAGUACUCGACCCACGCAGUUUGUGCGCAGACCAAGCCUCAAGUCCACUGUGCCUGGACUGAGCUUGGGCUUGGGACACUCCAACACUCGCCUGAGCAACGAUUUUAGUCGUCGCAACUCCACAGCCACCUCGGUGAGUCAUUGCUCCAGCUGCAGCUGCAGCGCUGAAGCACAGCAACGACAGCAGAGUCGGGCCAAGGUUCUGCGCUGGGGCUGGGAGCGAACAGGAGGUGUCAGCAGCAACAGCAACACUACGACGAUGAGCAGCAGCUCCCCUCAGUACACGGACAAUCGACGUUUCUAUGAGCAGAGCGCAUGCGUUGCCAGUCGCCAGCCAAGCCAAGGUCAGGGUCAGGUUCAAAGUGGCAACUCGGCAGCGUCAUCGUCAUCGCCUUCUCCGCAGCCCCCAUCAAUGCACGCCAGCCACAACGACGAGCUGCAGCAGCUGCAGGCACUCCAAAAGUUUCGAUUGAUGAACGCCAGCGAAUGCUUCAGCGAUGUGCGCCAGGAUGAGCUGAGACUGCAGCAGGCCUACGACAAGCUGCAGCGUGGCAGCACCCAAGUGGACACGGACAAGUGGCACAAGAACCGAGACAAUAGGCAGCAGCAGCAGCAAUUGAGCACUGGAACAACGCCCUAUGCGCUGCGCCAAAAGAUGCUGCAGCUGCGGCUGCAGGCGGAUGAAGAGCAGGGCAGGGGAUCGGGUGGCACGUGUGCACCAAUGGGCAGGAGCUGCGCCCUAAGAUUUAAUUGAUUUUGGGUGGUACAUCAAU